AUGAGCCCAUCGCCAGAUUUUUGUGACCCUGAUCCAGCACGAGGGAUCCUUGGCACAAAAGGAAGAGAGUGCAAUGUGACUUCACAGGGAGUUGACGGUUGUCAACUGUUGUGCUGCAAUCGUGGUUUCGAACGUCGUAUUUUUAUCGAAGCAGACCAAUGCAAUUGCAAGUUUCAUUACUGCUGUCGAGUUGAAUGCGAACCUUGUCAACGACGAAUAGAAAAACAUUUUUGCCUUUGA